AUGACCACCGGCACUCGUCUUCAGGACAAGAUAGCCAUAAUCACUGGCUCUUCCGACGGAAUCGGUCGUGCAAUCGCUCUUCGAUACGCUGCCGAGGGAGCAUACGUAGACGGAGAAGAGUUGAAACCAACUCACGAAGUUCUGGACGAGAAGUAUCCAGCUUCAUCUGGAAGAUCUUUCUCACGUAGAUCGAUAUUUAUUAAGACAGAUGUUUCUAUUGAUGCCGACGUGAAGGCCCUGGUGAGUGCCUGUGUGAAGGAAUUUGGAAGGCUAGAUAUUAUGAUGAAUAACGCUGGUAUCGGGCCCAACUAUAGCCAUGAUCCAGCUCUAAGGCUGCAUGAAACUCCCGAGUACUCCUGGGAUAGGAUUAUGGGGGUGAAUGGAAAAGGUGUCUGGCUAGGGUGUAAAUAUGCAGCUGCUCAGAUGCUUGCUCAGGAGCCGCCCUCCACCGGCGAUAGGGGCUGGAUUGUCAAUACUGCAUCAGUAAUGGGCUUAGUUGGAAUACAGUGUGGUAGUGCAUAUUCUGCCUCCAAAGGAGCUGUCGUUAACCUCACUAGAGCAGUUGCCCUGGAAUACGGGGCUGAAAGAAUCCAUGUGAAUGCUAUAGCGCCUGGCUUUGUGCAGACUCCAUUGCUGGAAGACCUGACUCCCCAUGAUAGCGAAGAUCCGAACGUACAAGGCAUACGUGCUUCCUUUGCAGGCAAACAGCCAUUUGAAUACCGGUUUGCUAGAGUGGAGGAGGUAGCCAGUGUUGCAGUGUUUCUUGCAUCAGACGAGGCCAGCUUUGUCACUGGCCACACCAUUGCCGUGGAUGGAGGCUACCUAGCUCAGUAG